UUACAUGACCACACCCUAAAGAGUUGUUUCACACAGUUAGCAUUUCGCAAGGUAGAAAGCAAACAAGUUAGCAAAGGGCUGUUAGUUUUAUAACCUCAGAGUCCGCUUUAAGGAUUUACAAGUUUAAGUUCGUUUCCCUUUAGGGUCAGAGGAAGCCAAAUGGGAAUCUUGUACUCAGAGCCUAUGUGUCAGGCAGCUUAUGACGAUGACAUCCACAAGUUGCGAAAACUCAUCUCAGCCAAUCCCAAAAAUGUAAAUGUUCAAGAUGAAGGAACAGGAGACACACCAAUCAUAGCCGCCUGUAGACAGGGACACCUCAGGACUGUCAAAUACCUUCUAGAUUACAAUGCAAAUGUGUCUAUUAGAAAUAAGAAAGAAAGGACUUGUUUGCACUACGCCACGAGAAGAACAUUUUCCUUCCUGGACUACUUGAUGAUUGCCAUAUUAAUGCCUAUCUUGUUAAUUGGUUAUCUUAUAAUGGUAGAGAAGCAAAGAAAAAAUGUGAAAUUGAUGGAGCUUCUGUUGGCCACUAAGGUGGAGGUAAAUGCUGUAGACUAUAAGGGUAACACUGGACUUCACUAUGCUUGCCAAAGAAAAAGUCAAAGCAUCAUUCCAUUGUUAUUGGAGAAAAAUGCAGAUGUUUCAGUACAGAACAAAAAUCACGAAACCCCAUUAGACAUUGCAAAGAGACUACAAUUCCACAAAAUUGUUUCAAUGUUAACAAAAUCAAUGUGAGUAUUAAUAGAGGACAUGAGAGGAGAGACUUGUUUAAUGUGCAACAGCAGUGGGGUCCUUUACAAUUCACCAGCUGAGUUUCAGAUUGGGUUUUCACCAGUUGUCACAAUUUUUUUUACACAUUGUUACACUUAAUGUCAUAAGAAAUGCAUUUCUGAUUUGAAAAAUGUAUUUAAGCAUAUUUUAUGUAGUUUUUCAUUUGAUUACUCAUAUUUGUGUCGUUGAUUUUCUUACAUUGAUAAUUUAAUGUAAUGUAUGUUACGUUUGUUUUUUAUCACUGUACGAUUUUGAAUGGAUUUGGAUUGAGUCAAAUUGUUGGUUUAAAAGUAAAACCUCACUAAGCAAAUUACUUUUUGUAAACACAUUUUCAGCAUCAGUGUAUGUUUAUUUCCAGUCAUGUUUUACAAAAUCGGUCGAUUACAUGACAAGGCCAUAAGACAGGUCAUGAAAUGCUACAGUAAAUUGAGAUUGAGGAUGUAGUGGUUAGUAAAAGCUAAAGUAAAAAAAAAAAAA